CCCUUCCGGCGGGUCACUUCCGGCUGUGGGCGCUGCGGCGCUGGCCAGCCCCCCCCACCAUGGCCCUGGCUCUGCUGCCCGCCCGCUGCCUGCGCCGCCUUUCCCUCCUCCCCCCGCGGCUCCUCCCAGCCCCGUCCCGCGGGCUGAGCGGGCCCCGGGGGGGUCCACCCUCAGCGCUGCCCCUGGGCCGCCGCGUGGCCGUGGUGGCGGCGGUGGGGGGGGCCGCGGGGGGAGCGUGGCUGUAUUUGCGGGCCCGCAAAGAGCGGGAGAGGCGGGAGAGACGGCGGCGGGAGCUGCGGGCGUUGGCGCUGGGGCAGGGAGACUUCCAGCUGGUGGAUCACCGCGGGCGGCCCCGCUGCAAGGCCGACUUCCGGGGGCAGUGGGUGCUGCUUUACUUCGGCUUCACGCAUUGCCCCGACGUCUGCCCCGACGAGCUGGAGAAACUGAGCCGGGCGGUGGAGCUGUUGGACCGCGACGCGGCUCUGCCCCGGGUGCAGCCCCUCUUCAUCACCGUGGACCCCGAGAGGGACGACGUGGCGGCGGUGGGGCGAUACGUGCGGGAUUUCCACCCGCGGCUGCUGGGGCUGACGGGGAGCCCUGAGCAGGUGAGGGCGGUGAGCAGCGCCUACCGCGUCUACGCCAGCGCCGGGCCCAAGGAUGAGGACGGCGAUUACAUCGUGGACCACACCAUCAUCAUUUACCUGCUGGGCCCCGACGGGCUCUUCUUGGACUACUACAACCGCAGCAAGACGGCUGAUAAGAUCGCUGAGAGCGUGCGGCGACACAUGGAGAGCUACGAGCCGCUCCUCGACUGAGUGCUGCGGCCCCCUGUGGCCCCCAAAAGAACUCUUCUUGCUGCCAUAACCCACCCACCCACCCCCAGCGAUGCUUUGUUCACAUCGCCAAAAAACAAGGCCGCCUUUACCAAA